AUGGCGACCGUGUUGCGAUCACAGUGCGCGUUUGCGCGACUUUUUGUUGGAAAAACCGGACAAAUCCUGAACAACGCAAUUGAUUUGGGUGUAAAACUUGCUCCGGAACCACAAUCGGCAUUGCUGUCCAAAAAUUACUCAAACUACGCCCAUUCACCUUUUGUCACCAAAAUAAAAAAAGAACAAUAUGAAUACGAAAUCGUGAAGAAGCCACCAGAGUGGACAUACGUGGAAAGAUUAUUGCCAUUCAACACAAUACCUGCAGUUACUCCUAAGGAGACUUAUCCUUCAGGUUGGAUUCCGCCUCGGGAAGAAGCCAAAAAUCUGCCCUUCUUCUUGCCAAGGACAAAAUUUCAUGACUUACCAAUAUAUUUACAUGUAACCUACAGGGGUAUGCGUAAAAUAUCUAAAAUUAAAAGAAUUGAGGGGGAUAUAUGGUUGUUAAAUGAUGAAAUAAAAAAAUAUUUGAAAGAAAAAAAUAAGAGAUACGUAGAAACCCGUGUGCAAGAAGUUGCUAGAUUCAUAGAAGUAAAAGGUGAUCACGUGAAUUAUUUAAUUGAAUGGGCACAUACCAAAGGUUUUUAG